AUGCCAUCCACCAAUAUUCAGCCAUCUGAUAAGAUCUAUAAGAUUAUUAACGCAAGACUUUUAUUGAACCAUGAAAUUGUACAAGACUCAUAUCUCUGGUACCAAAAUGGCAAGAUUAUACACCCUCAAAACCUUUUCUUUUCUGCACGUCGUGAUGCAGAUGAAAUCAUUGAUGCUAAGGGUCUUUUAGUAGCACCUGGUUUUAUUGAUACACAAAUCAACGGUGCUUAUGGUAUUGAUUUCGCUGACUGUGAAGAGCCUGUCGAAGUCUUGAAGAAAAACAUUGAUAAGGUCGCAAAGGGUCUUUUAAAAUAUGGUUGUACGGCAUUCUGUCCUACCGUUGUCAGCUCUCCGCCUGAAGUUUAUGAAAAGGGUAGUGCUCUUGGUGGUGCUGAAAUUCUUGGUGCUCAUCUUGAAGGACCUUUUAUUUCUGAAUUAAAAAAGGGUGCUCAUGACAAGAAUGUAUUUAAAACUGCAAAGAAUGGUAUCAAAGAUGUUGAUGAAGCUUAUGGGUCUGAGCUCAAGAAGGGAAGUGAAGCCGUUAGUAUUGUUACAAUGGCACCAGAAAUUGAAGGUAUCUGUGACUCUAUUCCUGAGUUGGUUUCACGCGGCAUUACUGUGGCUAUGGGGCAUUCUGCUUGUGGUAUUGCAGAUGCUGAAAAGGCAGUGACGAAAGGUGCUAGUAGCAUUACACAUUUGUUUAAUGCCAUGCAAGCUUUUCAUCAUCGUGACCCUGGGCUCAUUGGUAUCCUUGGUGCUGCUGAUUUACCUAUCCCUGAAAAAGCCAAACGUCACCCUGAGCCUUCAAGCACUUCCCCUGAUCGUUCUAAACCUGAUCCUCGUCCAUUCUAUGGUCUUAUUUGUGACGGUGUUCAUGUUCAUCCUAAUUCAAUUCGUAUUGCUUAUUAUUCCCAUCCCUCAGGCGCUGUUUUGGUCACCGAUACCCUAUCUGCCAUGGGUCUCCCUAAAGGCGACUAUGUUCUUGGUGGUAACGAAGUUGAAGUGGAUGAAAAGGGUGGUGCCUAUGUGAAGGGAACAAAAACAUUGGCAGGCAGUACCAUCACCAUUGAUGAAUGUAUUCGUAACUUUCAAAAGUUUACUAAUUGUCCUCUGGUUGAGGCUAUUGAAGCAGCUACUUUGCACCCAGCUCGUCUGUUAGGUAUUGACAAACAGAAAGGUACACUUAAUGUUGGUGCUGAUGCUGAUUUUGUUUUUCUGGAUGAUUCUACUGGAGAAAUCCAAGUGAAGCGUGUGUUUGUUGCUGGUGAAGAAGUCCAACUUUAA